AUGGCAAAGGCCAGCCGGCCCGGCCUCGGUGCCCUUCCGAAACCCCAGCUCGCCGGGCGCACGCCGUCGGGUUCCUUCCACGCCGGUGCCCCCAUCCCCAGCCCCGGCUCGUUUCGCCGCCCAUCCACCACCACCCAUCGGUACCACACGCUGCCGGUGCAGCCGCCGAAAACGCCCCUCGAGCAAGCGCCGUCCGACUCGGACGCCAGCUCCGCCUCGUCGGCGUCGGCGUCGGCGCCCUCCGACGCCCAGCAGCACGAGCAUGAGGAGACGCCGCUGCCCGUGCGCCAGCUCCUCCUGCUGGCCCUGCUCUCGCUCUCGGAGCAGACGGCGCUCAACUCCAUCGGGCCGUACCUCCCGCAGAUGGUGGCCUCGAUGCCGGGCAUCCCCGAGCGGCAGGGCGGCCUGUACGUCGGCCUGCUGGCCAGCGCCUUCGCCCUCGCCCAGCUGUCCACCAACUUCCUGUGGGGGUGGGCCUCGGACGUCGUGGGCCGCAAGCCCGUCCUGCUGGCCGGCUCUUUCUCCCUCAUGUGCUGCUUCGCCGCGUUCGGCUUCUGCCGGCGCUACUGGCAGAUGGUGCUGGUGCACGUGCUGAUGGGCCUGCUGAACGGGAACGCGGCGUGCGUGCCCACCGUACUGGGCGAGGUGACGGACCGGUCCAACCAGGGCAGGGCCUUCACCUACCUCCCGGUCAUCUACUCGCUAGGGGGGAUCACCGGCCCCGCGCUGGGGGGCGUCCUCGCGGGCAGGGUGGGAGGAGGCCGGUUCCCCUACCUGGGGCCGAAUGUGCUGGGGGCGGCGCUCCUGGCCGCGAGCGUGGUGGUCGUGGGCGUCUGGUUCGAGGAGACGCUGGACGAGCAGGGUCGGAGCCCGUGGAGACCGAAAUGGGUGGCGUGGCUGACGGGCCGGGCGCGAGGGCGGCGGAGGGAAUCCUGGGCCUCGCGACUUGCCGAGGCGAGUGCCGCGCAGCCCCUGCUCUCGCCGGCGUCGUCGUCCUCCUCCUCCUUAUCGUCGGACAGCUCUCGGGAUGGCAACGACGACGACGACGACGACGACGACGAGGCGGCGGCGCCCGAGGGCCGGCCGGUGUGGAAAGACAUGGUCAACCACACCACGCUGAUCCUCCUCGCGACGUACCUGGUCUUUCAGCUGUCCAACAUCAGCUUCAACAGCCUGUACCCCAUCUUCGCCGCGGCCCCGAGCCCAACGGGCCGCCAGCUCGACCCCUCCGCGAUUGGGCUCAGCCUCGGCGCCGCCGGCGUCGCAACCAUUGCCUUCCAAGCGUUCCUGUUCCAGCGCAUCAGGUCCCGGAUCGGCAACCUCGGCUCCUACCGCCUCGCCCUGCUGGGGCUCGGCACGAGCAUGCUGCUGAUGCCGUGGGUGGGCGCCCUCGACGACGACCCGCCCUUUGGCUGGGGCUCCGGCCGCGCCUGGCUGCACGCCGAGCUGGCGCUCGUCCUGAUCGCUAAGAACAUCUGCGCGGUUGGCGGCCUCUCCAGCGUCAUGCUGCUGAUCACCAACUCGGCCCCCUCGCACGCCAGCCUCGGCACCCUCAACGGCGUCGCGCAGACCCUCUCCGCUCUGGGGCGCUCCAUCGGCCCGGUCGUGUCGGGCGCCCUGUUCACGCUGUCCGUCGAUAUCCGUCCGAGGGGGGAGGCCCUGCCGUGGAGUCUGUUUGGCGGCCUCAGCCUCGUGGGCUGGUGCGUGUCGCUGUUUAUCCGUGGCGAGGGGCUGGAGAGCGACGACGAGGACCGCGUUUGA